AUGUCAACCAGAGGUAACACCAAAAAGGGAGAGGACGAACUGCAGUCAGCAGUUAAAACUCUAGUCACAAAACUGUGUACCUCUGAAGACUUUCUAAAUCACUUAACAGCUGAUAUCACGCAAACUAUCUCUGGGAAAUUCAAGAAAGAAAUAGAUGAACUCAAAACAGAAAAUAAGAAAAUUAUGGAGAUGAUGCGAGAGCAAGAAGGUAUAAUUCAUUCCCUUGUUAGUAAGCAGGAUAAAUAUGAACAAAUCGUACGAAGCAGGAAUGUGCGAUUAUAUGGUGUUAAUGAAACGCAAGGUGAAGAUUGUGCAAGGAAAGUGAUAGAAAUUCUGAACGAUAAAAUGAACUUAAACAUGGAAAGCCAUACAAUUGAAAACACUUAUAGAAUUGGAAAAUUUGAAGUGAAUAAAACUCGUCCUAUUCUCGUAAAAUUUUCAAACAACUCAUACAAGAACUAUGCUUUUUCAAACAAGAAAAAGCUGAAAAAUACAAGGAUUGUGAUGAGAGAGGACUUAACUGUGGAUCAACUUCAAAUUAUGAAAGCUGCUAUCCAGAAAAUUGGAAAUAAUGGGAAAGUAUGGACCAACUUCGGCAAUGUAUUCAUGAAAUACAAUGAUGGAGACACCCUCAUCAGAAUUCGUAACUUGGUAGACAUUUAA